AUGUUUGAACUCGUAUUCUCCAUGCUCAACAUGGGGCUGGCACCAGCACCGGCACCGGCACCGGCUUCGGACAGGGUCUUCGCCGUGCCCGAACUCCUCGAAAACAUCCUUUCGCGGGUCAACAAGACUGAUCUUCUUGUUAACAUGCAACGGGUAUCGAAACACUGGAAAGCCGUCAUCGAGGCAUCGCCUGAAUUCCAGAAGGCCUUGUUCUUUCGCGCAAGCUCUAGAUCCAUGGACCCAUACAAGAGAUACCUCAAGAAUCUCAAGUUGGCGUCCGUCGCCAAACCGUUCUUCAGCGUGGCGCUUUGGCAACGUAACGAAUCUGAGGACAAACCGUUCAGUCAUGUCUGGAUGAGGGACAUCGUCUGGUGGUUCGACUCUGAUAUCCGACAAAAAUGGCUGUUUGAAAACGCUUCUUGGCGUAGAAUGUAUGUGUCUCAGCCACCGAUCAAGAGACUUCAUUGGCAGAUCGAAAGAGAUGACCAGGAGAAUCACGGACUCUCCUUGCCUGGAACCAUAGCAGAGUUUGAAUUCCCAGGAGGAUUGCGGAUGGGUGACUACUAUGACCUCGUCCUUGGCACUAGAGGCACCCACGAAGUCGUAUGGCCGGGCUCGUCUGGGCCGGCCCACCGCGAUACCGAGUCGGAUGCUGAGGUUCGGUGGAUAGACCAAGAGCACCGGAGAGCGCGCGAGCAACAUGCGAUCAUGGUCAAACAGCAUAUAUCUCCAGACGAGGAACACCCGAAACCCAGCCGGGAUGACUAUUGGAAUCCCAAAGACCUUCAGAGAUACCAACAAAAUGUUCGUCUGGUAAAGGGGCUGGAUGUCAAGGUGACGGAUGGGACUGUGGCUUGGAGCUAUACAUGGCUGGGAAACGACAGCGCCUCAGGUAUGAGGAUGUUCCUUCGUGCGGCGCAAGAAUGGAUCCCCGAAGCCGACGACUACUAUUAUUAG